AGUCCUAACAGAACCAGAACCUCGAAGAAAGACAAAACCCUCUCUCAAUUUCGAGCUUAAUCAAUGGCUGCCUCUUGUCUUCUUCUUCCUCUUCUAUACACUCUCUCCUUCUUCUCCCUUUCCUCUUCUCUCUCCCAUGAAACUAUCCUUGACGCAGCCGACAUUCUCUCCGAUUCAGGAUACAGCUCCAUGUCUCUUACUCUCCAAGCCCUUUAUCAAACUCUCCUUUCACAAACUCCUUCUCUCACCAUCUUCGCUCCAUCGGAUUCUUCAUUUAGAAAAUCGGGUCAGCCUUCUCUUGAUAUCCUCCGUUUCCACUUCUCCCCCCUACCGUUGCCUCCACAAAACCUCCGAUUGCUCCCCGCGGGCUCGGAGAUUCCAACGAUGCUGAAUAACCACUCUCUGAUCGUCACCGAGUCGCAUUCCGAUUUCGAGAUUUCGCUUAACUACGUCCAAAUCAUUGGCUCCUCGCCGAUUUAUGAGGAUGGCCUUUUCCUAAUCUACGGAAUCGACAGUUUCUUCGAUCCCAAUUCUCAGUAUACUACAGCAUCUCAGGGACCUAGCCCUAAUCUGUUGUGUGGGUUGAAAAGCCAGACUACGAGUUCCUCCGAUUCGCUCGGUCAAGCCAUGGAAACACUUAGAUCCACAGGGUACUCUGUGACGGCGACGUUUCUUGCUUUGCAAAUGAAUGGAAUCAAGGAUGACGCCACGAUGACCGUUUUUGCUCCUGAAGAUGAAAUGGUGAAGAACCUGCUUGGGAAUUUCAGCGAGUACCCAUCGUUCUUUUUUCGCCAUGUUGUACCGUGUAAGCUUCUCUGGAAUGAUCUGGUGGACUUGGACAACGUGUCGGAGUUACCCACGAUUUUGGAGGGUUUUUCUGUUAACGUCACGAGGUCUGGUGGUGUUUUGGUGCUGAACGGAGUCUCAGUUGUCUUUCCAAAUAUGUUCCACAAUGACAAGCUUGUUGUUCAUGGCGUUAGUGAUGUUCUUGUGGCGCUUUAG